GGUUAAUUACAUAUGGCGGACGUGGCGAUGGUUUCGUGGAUGUUCAUUGACUGAUUCAUCGCCGAUAACACCCAAACAUUGACGCUGUACACGACGCAAAAGACAUCUGACAAAUAAUUUGGUCUCCACAGUCUUGCUGAAAGUGUUGUUUAGUUGUAACCGUACAAGUAAAUCAAGUACCCGCAGAAGAACACAGCAAAUGAUUGGAAACUCCUGAUAUACAUUCAUUGCUGGAUUUGAAUCCUGUUAACGUGAACACCAAACCAAGAGACUGGGGAAGCUGAAGUUUUGUGCUUUUGUUUUUCAUAAUCAUAAAAAUGUCGGGCUCAUUUAGGACUAAUAUUUGGGACCCUGGUCUCAUUAUCGCUCAGAUGCUCGCUUUACAGUCAAUAUAUUAUUUUUUCUUGGGACUUUGGCUCGUUUUGGUAGAUUGUAUCUCACAGGCAUCACGAUCAGUGGACCAAAUGUUUAGUUAUGAGGAUUUGGAAUUCAAGUCAUUUAAUGGCAAGCUAAUCAUGAUAGCAUUUGUAUUAAAUUCCUUGACUGGCAGCGCUGGAGGACUUUGGUUGUUAAUUUCUAGGACGAGACAGUGUCUGGACUUUGCUGCAACUGUACAUUUAUAUCACUUAAUUGUCUGCUGGAUUUACAAUGGAAGUUUUCCAAUGACAUUAUCAUGGUGGCUAGUGAAUGUGGCUUGUUUAGCACUUAUGACUGUAUUAGGAGAGUUUCUCUGUAUGAGAUCUGAAAUGACAGCUAUACCGGUCUCUGUGGGAGCCAAAUCUGAUCUAUGACAUACCGAUUCCACCUCCGAGUGGAGUGGACCUGUCUCUGUCGAUGGUGCAGCAAAUCUGCGGUCUCGGAACCUGGUCAAUUGGGCCUGGACUUGAAGCUAUAAAUAUGAUUUGAUCAACAUGGUGGAUGCAUCUUGAUUUUAACAUGCCAUAGCCCGUGUAUUCAUCCUCCAUCACGUCUCACAAUAAGGAGUGCUGUAAUUCUGCAUAUCAGAGAGAUGAACAAAGUGACCUGCUGUUUACAGCCUUCAUCAGUGACCCAGAAUGUUUGACCUGCUGAUUAGCUUGCUGGUCUUUAUGCAUCACCUCCAUAAUUUAUAGCACCGUAAACUUCCAAAGAAUGUCCCUCCACUGAGGUGAUAAACUAUCCUGCUUCUGAUUUGUUGUUGUCGUCGUCACUUGUUUCUACUAUGACAGAUUAUUGAAUAUUGAUUUGAGUUUUUUAGCCUCGCUGAACUACAAGGAAGAAUUUGCAUGGCACUGACAGGGAGGUAUCGUCCAUCACAGAUUUCUAAUUAGUGUAAUAUAUACCGGUAUAGGUUGCUCUGUAAUGGUGUGUGGUGCAUCGCUGAACAUUUCUACCUUCUGAAUUUGUAUUAUCAUGGAGGAGACCAAAAUAUUCAAAAUAUUUCAAGUUGCAUAUUAAAUAAAGUCGCAAUGUAUUACAAACUGAAUCUUAUGAAUUGAAUGAAUUUUAAAUAUUACAAGGGCUGCUGAUUGAAAUUCAUUCCAUUAUUUCAGUGUGUGUGUGGGGUGGAGGGGUCAUGAGAAAAUUAUACAUGGUCUUUGCUCUAUUAGAAAUGCAGGGGGCUCAUGUAAAUGUAAAUAUCAAGUUAGAUUGCGCAUGUAUUGGAGAUGUAUUUCUGAUAGAUCUAAUACUUAAUACUGAGAGGAGAAGAUGUAUUCUUCACAUGCAUUUACGAUAUAAAAUAUUUUUUUACUCAAUAGAUGUCAUCCCCUUCUGUAUAUUUAUUGAUCUUUUGUAGAUGUAUUUGUAAACUAGUCAUGAAUUAGUAAAAUGAUGCAUUAUCAAUAAUCUCAGCCAGUUGAAUAUCAUUAGUAAGUAAUCGUUGCUUUCCAACUGGAUCCAGUCAAGUUUAUGAACUUGCAGAUAAAAUGGUGCUAGAUUUGUUUAUUUUGAAAGUGGUGCAUUAAUUUAUUAUGACUCUGCACCGACUGUCAGUGGAAUAUGGGCAAAUAUUGGUCAGUAACUGUACUAAAGACUUAUAAAAAUCUUGUUAAAGAAUCUUGUUAUUGAAGUUUACACGAGAACUAUCUAAACUGGCACUGGAAUGUCAGAAAAUCUUUUAUAUUACACUGUUAUUUAUAGUCACAGAUGUAUUUUAAUGUACUUUCCACGUCUUGUCUUCUAAUGCUAACUUUGCUGGAUUGUGCUGAACUGAAAGAUGCUUGUAUUUGUAGUUCAAGGCAAUCAUAUCUAAAUGUAGCCUAUUGUUUCAUUGGUUGCUGGUUACUCUCCUCAUUAGGAAAUGUCGCCUUGAUUUUGAUCAUUAACCAUGUAAAAUUUAUUCCAUGACGAAUGGGAUGGUUGCACUUUCGUCUCUAUUGCAACAACUGUCAGUUGAUAUAGCACAUGCGGAGAAACUGUCAUCUAUUUUUGGGAAAAUUAGCAUAUUCAGAUCAGCAGCGUGGUAUAUUUAACAGCCAAUGAAAUUGGAGACUAAAUCUCUGCAACAUUUCCAGACUAUUGAGAGAACCUACAAAACAAUACUAGGCUAUUAAUCUAAAUACAAGUUUUUAGAAGCCAUCUGCCCAAUGAACAGGGUUCUUUGUAUGUUCCGAUGCAGACAAUAUAAAAGUUAAACACUGUUGCAUACCAUUUAUUUAUUUAUUAGGAAAGUCGUUUCUAUACGCACAAGGCAAUGUAUUUCUAUUUAUUGUAAUACCCGACAA